AUGUCUAUAGAAGAGAAUGAUACGACACUGACGGCGGACAGUAGUGGCGCGGCGACCGAACUGAAAUACGUUCAACGACCCACUUCCAUCCCCAUCCCAAUGCACAGCCUGAACAACAACUACACAAAACGCCGAAGUUACCAAGCACCGUACACAUCAAGUCCCAUCGGUGGUAUUCUGAACGAAGAGACUGUCGUACCACUGAGCCACGUUCAAUCCGACUCGUUUUCGUUGGCCGAGCCCGCCAAGAAGAACUUUCGAUUGUUCUCUUUUGAUGGUGAUUGUAAGUUUGGUUUUGGAAUAGUUGUAAAUUUUUUGGGAAGGGGAGGGGAAAUUGGAUAAAUUAUUUUUUUUGGGUGGGGUAAAAUUUCCUCGAGGAUGGCAAAUGUGGCGGCGGCUUUUGGUGGAUCAAAAUAAUAUUUUUGGAAAAAAAAUUGUGGGCGGGGUAAAUUUUUUUGGGGGUGGAUUUUGGUAGGGUACAUUUUUUUGGGGUUGAUUGAGGAAGAGGGGUGAGGAACGACUUUUCUGGGUGGAUCAAUAACAUUUUUGGUUUGGUGAGAAAAAAUUUGGGAGGCUGAAAAAAAUUAAACGAGAGGGUGGAAAACGGAUUUUUAAAAGUGUGGAAAAAAUUUAAAGGGCAGGGUAAAAAAUUUUUUCUGGGUUGGUUGAAAAAAAGUUUCGUUUUUUUUUGCGUGCGGGUGGUUAAUUUUUUAUUUUUCAUGUUGGGGAAGCAACGGAAAAAUUUUUAAAAAAAUAUUGAAAUGAACUGUUUAAAAUUGUAUGAAAAGUUAAAUUUUAUUUAAAAAAUUAAAUUGAUACCUAAAAUAUGUAUAAUCAUCAUCUAAAUGUUACCUAAAAUAAGUAUAGUUACCCACUUUCCUUUACCUAAACCCUCAUUUUCAGCAAAAGAAUACUGCGUACCGAACGUAUUCAAUGCGACGGCCGAAGAAAUCCUUCUUAUUGUCGCGUCGGACUCACCAAUCGACGUGGAUGUAACUCAAGAAGCACUAGCACUAUGGUUAAUAUCUUCAAGCCUAGAAAUUCAAAUCAAACCACAAUACGCGGUGUACGCGAUGAUUCAGAAAUGGCCGUCGUAUUUGAGAAGAUUCACGACUUGUAGCGAGGAAGAGAUCCUAUUUGACGUGCCAAACGUCUACAUCAGAAGGAAUGUUCAUCUGACGCCUGGAUUUGAACGGAGGGUAAGUUAAUACUUUUUUAAAGUUUUUUUAGGGUUUGGUGGAAAGAAAGUUUUUGCGGUUUUAAGGGGGAUAAAAAAUAUCUAAUAUUAUAGUGCCAUAAGGUUAAAAAUGGCAUUUUGGUUGGAUUAUUUGGCAUUUUGAUUUUUCUCUGGGGGGGGAGGUCGAAAAAUUUUUUUGGUCCACAGCUACCUGUGGACCGAUUUUUCAAAAAUUUUUCCUGUGGAUUUUUUCGGAUCUGCUCUGGGGGGGGGGAGUCACCCCGAACCACCCCCCAAACGACGUCCCUGAUAGUACCCCGUAAUAUUAUAAUACCCCAAGCAAUAUUAUAGUACCCCAACUCAAAUUUAUUUAUUUUAAAGUAUAUUUUGUGGACAAAGCGGUCCAAAAUAUUUUCGGGUCUACUUAGUGGGGUACUUAACUACUUAGUAUAGUAAUAAUAAGUAAUAUACUAAGUAGUUGAAUAUCUCACUAAGUAGUUGAGUACCCUACCACAGAGUUUAGGACUAUACUAAGUAGUUGAGUACCCCACUAAGCAUUUGAGUACCCACUAAGUAGUUGAGUACCCCACCACAGAGUUUAGGACUAUACUGAGUAGUUGAGUACCCCACUAAGCAGUUGAGUACCCCACCACAGAGUUUGACACUAUACUAAGUAGUAGAGUACCCACUAAGUAGUUGAGUACCCCACCAAAGAAAUUUGCACUAUACUAAGUAGUUAAGUACCCCACUAAGUAGAUGAGUACCCUACCACAGAGUUUAGUACAACACUAAGUAAUAAUAUGUACAAAAGAAUUAAACUUACCAACGGUGCGAUGAUCAUAAGUUGAAGGUCCGUUCGUCACGUAUGUCGACCACUUCUACCCACGCCACACGUCUACCCUUGAGCAAUGGUAUGGCAUGAACGUACCAUUCAACCAUCAUGCGAUCUACAUCCAAAUAAGUUCGACCGUCCAUGGCCGCAACGCAAACGAAACAAUAAAUAAAAUGAAUCGGAUUUCCGAUUACGCAAAUUUAAAAAAAAAUCGUUAGAAAAUUUGUUUUUUUGGGGUACUAUAAUGCAGUAAGUUGGUGGGGUACUAUAUUACAACUUUUGGGGUACUAUACCUCUUGAGCGCCGAAAGUUCUUGCAUUUUUUGGUCUUGUAAAGAAAGUUUUUGCUGUCUCUUGCUUUGGAAAGAUAGUUUUUGCCAUUUUUUGUUUUGUAAAUAAAGUUAUUGCCAUUUUUAACUCUUUAAAGAAAAUUCUUACCAUUUUUUUGUUUUAUAAAUGAAGUUUUUGCCAUUACUACCGAAAAUGCUUUUUUUGAAUUUGCAGACUGUGGGUGAUAAGUUAUACGCUGGAAAACAUUUUUUGUAUUGUAAAGAAAGUUCUUGUCAUUUUUUGUUGAACCUAAACAUUUUUUGACAUUUUUAUUUAAUUCAAAGUAAUAAAGUCUCAAUUUUAGUACACAGAAAACGAAGAAUUGACUGAAAUCCUGUACGACGACGCGAAAGACGAGUACCUCAGCGGUCGAUACAUUGUGACCUUGGAGGACAGCAAAAAACUGGCCGGCUACAUGAUGGCCAUUGAUCAGGGUUUCUAUACGAAUGAUCAAAAAGCGCUGGAUUACUUGAGGUAAUUUUAAAAUUUUGAUUUUUUUAAUUUUAAAAAUAGCAUUCAAAAUUUAAAAAAUCAAAAUAAUUUUAAAAUUUUGUUUUUAUUCAAAUCGUUAAAGUAAAAUACGUUGCAUUGCGACUGCAAAAUAAAAUAUGAAUUUCAGCGACAAUCUAAGCCUGUACGUACCCGAAUAUCUACUGAACAAGUGCAAGACCUUUAUGUUAUUCGGCUGGAUGGAAUGUCGGAAGGGAUGUGAAAAGGAGAUCUUACAUUACUACAAAGAAGCACUGGAAAAAAGUUCGAAUUAUGAGCGAAGAAAAGAGUUUCUGGAAGUUUGUAGGGACUCUCCUUGCUAUGGGUAAGAUUUUUUUUGAAAUGUUUUUGGGGUAGAUCGGGGUAAGACAGAUAAAAUUCGUAGCGACGUCUCUGGUGUAGUAGUAUUAAUUGGCUUAUACGUAGUUAAGCUUCAAUAGGGUAGUAUUUUAGAUUUGGGCUUAGGAUUAGUAUCUUUAAACUUAGGUUUAGUAGGCUUAGGUUUGGUAGGCUUAGGGCGAGUAGGUUUAGGUUUUGUAGUCUUUGGCGUAGGAGGAUUAGGUUGAGUAGUCUUAGACGUAUUAGGUUUAGGGAUAGUAGGCUUAGUUUUAGUAAGCUUAUACGUAGUAGGCCGAGGCGUAGUAAACAUAGGUUCACUAGGCUUAUGAGGCUUAGCCUUAGCAGACAGGCAUAGUAGUUACAAUGUAUAAAAAAUAACUAUAUUUUACUCUUUUACAUAUCUCUUUUCUUCUUUUUACCUAAUCUCUCACAUUCUUAAUAACUCAUUAUGUGAUCUUCUUUUGACUAAAGUUUCGGCCUGUUACACGGUACGGCACUCAAUACUCUUUAAAAAUAAAACUUUUUGAUUUCAGAGCGACUUUCUUUUAUGGUGCAACUGAUAGAAUGCCACCGAAUUCGAUUUUCGGAGCAACGAAACGACUAUUCUCCCAGAAUCCCAUGGUACAUUUACGAAUCGGCGUGAACUAUGAAUACAUAACAAUUGCUGACGAAAAAACGAAUGAAUUGUUAUUGACGAGAAGAGUGGCUGAUUGCACUUAUUUCAGCUCAAAUGAGUAGGUUUUUUUUUAAAUUUUUAGGUAACAAGUUUUUUGAAAGUUGGAGGUUUUAGUGAGACUCACGUGGAGAUUUUAGGUAAAAUACGGAUAAUUGAUCAGUUUUGACAAAAAUUUUGUUUAUUAAUUAAAAAAUCGUAAUAACUUUCUUUACAGAAUAAAAAUUGAGAAGUUUUGAAAAUUACCGUAUAAAAUGGCAUUUGCUGCUUGCACAGCAAUUUAUUGAUAAAAAUGCCAAGAAUUUUCUUUACAAAGCAUAAAAUGGCAAGAACUUUCUUUACAAAACAAAAAAUGACAAGAACUUUCUUUACAAAACAUAAAAUGGCAAGAACUUUCUUUACAAAAAAAAUUAUUGUAUAACUUGUCCUCCGCUUUCUGCGAAGCUCUAAAGCAACCAGUUUUGUCACAAAUCACAAGAAAUUUGUUUACAAUUUUAAAAAUGACAAAAUUUUUUAAAUUUUUCCAUUUCAGAUCCAAUAUCGACGAGGAAAUCCCCGAAUUCUUCCUCAACUUCCCAGACGACAGUGUUCUACUGAAGGCCGAAGAGCUGGAAACCUCGAUAAACAGCGACCAGUCGAGUGCAAUGUCCCUGGCGGACGAUCUCUACACCAAACUCAUGGUCACCUACACGAAACAGGCUAGGUUAAUAUGCUCACUGAUGAAGGAAGUGGACCGACGACAGUCUUCGGGCUACGGAAGCGAAGAAGACGACACUAUCUCUUUCAUCGAAACCCCAGAGUCUCAACUCACCAGCGAUGAUACGGUAGGUGGUAUUGGGAAUCAGGGCUGGGCGAAACAAAAAAAAUUUGUUUUGCGAAACACGAAACGAAAGUAAAUUAUUUUCGCGCGAAACGAAACGAAACACGAAACGAAACAAAAGUUACGACUUUAUUAAAAAAUCUUCAUAAAAAUCAAAUUUUAUGCCGUAAAUGGGUAUUAACCUUAAGGAAUAACAAGUUCUGAAGCAUCUCACUUGUCAUGGUUCUUCGACAGUCAGUCAAAACAGUCCUUGCUGUCGAAUUUUGAUGUGCUUUAUUACAAAAAGAAUGUAAUCUUUCCUAUAAACCGAAAUACUUGUUUCGAAAGACUUACAUUAUCCAGAAUAUUAUGCUCUUUCUUUGCUGCUGCCCCGUCCGCUACAAUUUCUUUUCAUACGUCCGGGUGUUUCUGUAUUAAAUGGUGCCGGAAAGAGCUAGUUGAGGAAUGAUUUGUUGUGUUUUGCACUUUUGCCUUACAUGUUAUACAGACUCCUUCGUUAAAAAAAGGAUUGUAUUUCGACCUUUUCGACAUUUGUUUAUGCCAAAAUAUGUUUAAAAUUAAAAUAAAAACAAUUUUCAACAGUAUAAAACAGAAUGCCAAAUAUUUUUAACAUUUGUUGGUUUUCGGGUUGAGAAAUAUUUUUUUUGUUUCGUUUCCGAAACAAAAUUUGUUUCGCGAAACACGAAAUGAAACGAAAGGGAUUCCCAAUGGGAAUGGCAAUGAAUUUGUGUUUUAGAGGGGGGGGGGUUGAUUUUGGGUAAAAUACGGUUAACGGAGUUUGCUUUUCAAUAUAGCUACUUUGCAAAAAAAUGGCAAUAACUUUUUUUUAAAAAACGUAUGUCCACAAUUUUUGAAAUUUCUCGUAUAAUUUGUCACUUGCAGCCUGCAAAGUCAUAAAAUAGCCUGUUUGAAUAGAAAUGGCAAGAACUUUCUUUACAAAGCAUAAAGUAGCAAAAACUUUCUUUACAGAAUGAAAAAUGGCAAGAACUUUCUUUCCAAAACUAAAAAUUGCAAGAACUUUCUUUACAAAGCAAAAAAUAGCAAGGACUUUCUUUACAAAGCAAAAAAUGGCAAGAACUUUCUUUACAAAGUCUUAAUUUUCGAUUUUCAGAUCUCACUCCACCCCCAAACGCAACAAACCCUGAGCACGCGGUCGAUCCGCUCCUGCUCUCGAAACUCGAUCACCAACAAGUCAGAUGUCUCGAGCAUCUCGAACGCGUCCCGCUACUCGAAGUCGAAUCUGUCCAAGGUGUGUACCGCGACGCAAGACCCCCAGGGCCGAUGGAUUGAAGCGCACGGCACGGUGGCCCGGUUCAUACAAGAAUGCAACUGA